UUGUGAAAGCAGCAGAGGGCUCCAGCCUGCAUGACAAACCCAGCCACAGGAUAAAAGUGCUCCUACCUUGGGCUCCUCACCGGCAGCAUCCUCAGGAACAGCCUCAUCCUGCCUCCUCUGUAUCUGAUCAACCUCCUGCCGCGAUGUCCUGCCAGCAGAGCCAGCAGCAGUGCCAGCCUCCUUCCAAGUGCCCCCCAUCGCCCAAGUGCCCCCCGAAGAGCCCAGCACAGUGCUUGCCCCCAGCCUCCUCCAGCUGUGCUCCAGGCUCCAGGGGCAGCUGUGGCCCCAGCUCCAGGGGUGACUGCUGCCUAGGCCACCUCAGGCACCACGGAUCCCAUGGAUGCCGGCGCCACAGCUCCAGCUCCUGUGAUGGUGGCAGUGCGCUGCAGUCCGGGGGCUCUGGGUGUGGCCAUGGCUCUGUGGGUGGUUGCUGACUUGGGAUCCUGAUGCUGAGACAAGAGCUCCUAGAGGAAAUGGGAAUCCAAAGGGCCAGAAAAAGCCAUCCUUCCCACCCCACGAGUACACAGCCUUUCCUGCACCCCCCAUUCUCUCUUGCCGAGGCUGAGCUGGGGGUAUCCCUGGGGAGGGUCCCAGCUCUCCUUGCUUGGUCCAGGAUGGCACAGUCCCCUUCCUGCUGCACCUGUCAGUGAUUGUCAGCACCUGUGCCUGAGGUCAUGAAAAAAUAAAUGUUCUGUUCCUGUUA